GCUCGGUCGCAGUGAUCCCGAGGAGUCGGCUGGGAGCUGUCCUGACAGCCCAUGUGUGCUCGCUGCCGCCGCUCGCAGCCCCGUAUGCCUUCACUCCAUGGCUGUAUCCCGGCUCGCCUCUCACCGCUCCGGCCAGCUCUGAUACCGCCCGCCGUCAUGCGCUCGGGUGUCUCCGGGAGCCGCGCUCACCUCACAGCGGUGGGCUUGGUGCUGCUAACUUUCUGGGUCCAGGUUUCCCAGUCCACGGGUUAUUUCGAGCUGCAGCUGAACUCGCUGAAGAAUGUCAACGGAGAAUUGUCCAGCGGGGAAUGUUGCGAUGGCGUGAAGAGUCCGUACAACCAGGACUGUAGCAGCGACGAGUGCGACACCUAUCUCCGGGUCUGCCUGAAGGAGUUCCAGGCCAAAAUCACCCCUUCUGGCCCGUGCAACUAUGGCUCUGGAUCUACUGCGGUGCUUGGUGGAAAUACUUUUUAUUUGAACAACAAAUACACCCACCAGGGGAAGAACGGCCCCGGCGACGGUGGCAGGAUUUUAAUCCCGUUCCAGUUUGCAUGGCCGAGAUCAUUUACUCUUAUUGUGGAAGCUUGGGAUUGGGACAAUGAGACCAAAGUUGGUGAUGAACUCUUGAUUGACCGGAUUGCCCACGCAGGAGUGAUCAACCCCGACGACCAGUGGACUCCUUUACCCUUGAACGGACACGUUGCCCACUUUGACUUGAAGAUCAGGGUCAGAUGCGAUGAGAAUUACUAUGGCUCCAUGUGCAACAAGUUAUGUAGGCCGAGGGAUGACUUUGUGGGACAUUACACGUGCGACCAUAACGGAAACAAAGCCUGCAUGGAAGGCUGGAUGGGAGAAGAGUGUAAACAAGCUGUAUGCAAACAGGGAUGCGAUUUACUUCAUGGGAGCUGCGCCGUGCCGGGGGAAUGCAAAUGUCACUACGGAUGGCAAGGCCAGUACUGUACGGAGUGCGUUCCUUACCCCGGCUGCGUACAUGGCAGCUGCCGGGAGCCUUGGCAGUGUAACUGCGAGACCAACUGGGGCGGCCUGCUCUGCAACAAAGAUCUAAACUAUUGCGGAACCCAUCGCCCGUGUUUAAACGGCGGCACCUGUAUGAACGCGGAGCCUGAUAAAUAUCACUGCGCAUGUCCCGACGGCUAUCUGGGAAAGAACUGCGAAAUCGCGGAGCACGCUUGCGCGUCCAACCCUUGUGCAAAUGAUGGCAUCUGUCACGAAGUUUCUUCUGGAUUUGAAUGCCAUUGUCCUCCAGGCUGGACUGGACCAACCUGUGCAGUCGACAUUGACGAAUGCGCGUCCAGCCCUUGCGCACGCGGCGGAAUCUGUAAAGAUCUUAUAAACGGAUUUGAAUGUAUCUGCCCCCCGCAAUGGGUAGGGACCACGUGUCAGCUUGAUGCUAAUGAAUGUGAGGGAAACCCCUGUCUUAAUGCUUAUUCUUGCAGAAAUCUGAUUGGUGGAUAUUACUGUGACUGCAUUCCAGGAUGGACAGGCGUAAAUUGUCACAUCAAUGUUAAUGAAUGUCACGGGCAGUGUCAGAAUAAGGGCAUUUGUAAGGCUAAGCCCAACGGGUACCGCUGCCUCUGCCCGCGCGGCUUUAUCGGCAAAAACUGCGAGAAGGAGGUGAACGAGUGCGCAAGCAAUCCGUGUCAAAACGGGGGAGUCUGCGCCGAUCAAAUCAACGGCUUUCAAUGUCGGUGUCCUCCCGGGUACGCCGGUGCCACGUGCGAGGUGGAUAUUGAUUUCUGCGAACCUAACCCGUGUCAGAACAACGCCAAGUGCUAUAACAUGGGUGGCGAUUACUACUGCGCAUGCUCCGAUGACUACGACGGAAAGAAUUGCUCCCAUCUCAAGGAUCAUUGUAGAGACGCCCCUUGCAAAGUCAUAGACAGCUGUACAAUAGCGAUUUCGACUAAUGCCACCCGGGACGGUGUCCGUUACAUCUCCUCCAACGUUUGUGGCCCCCACGGACGCUGCAUUAGCCUACCAGGAGGAAACUUCACCUGUUCCUGCGACGGGGGCUUCACGGGCGCUUACUGCCACGAGAAUAUCAACGACUGUCUCGGCAACCCGUGCAAAAACGGCGGCACUUGUACCGACGAGAUUGAUUCUUUCCGGUGUUUUUGCCCCAACGGCUUCGGUGGCGAACUCUGCGACAUAAAUUACAACGAUUGUAAUCCGAACCCGUGCCAGAACGACGGGCGAUGCGUCGACCUGGUGAACGACUUCGUCUGCGAAUGCAAAAAUGGUUGGAAAGGAAAGACCUGCCAUUCACGCGAGUAUCAGUGCGAUUCGAACACCUGCAGCAACGGCGGGACGUGUCAGGACGCCGGGGACUCUUUCCGAUGCCUUUGUCCACCGGGUUGGGAAGGCGCCACGUGUAACCUUGCGAAGAACAGCAGCUGUCUUCCCAACCCCUGCUCGAACGGAGGGACGUGCGUAGGCAGCGCGGAUUCCUUUUCUUGCAUGUGCAAAGAAGGCUGGGAGGGCCGGACCUGCACACAGAAUACCAAUGAUUGCAAUCCCUAUCCCUGUUACAACGGAGGUAUCUGUGUCGAUGGGGUGAACUGGUUUCGCUGCGAGUGCGCGCCGGGAUUUGCCGGGCCGGACUGUCGAAUUAAUAUCGAUGAUUGUCAGUCCUCCCCGUGUGCAUAUGGCGCCACUUGUGUGGAUGAAAUAAAUGGCUACCGGUGCAUCUGUCCUUCUGGAAGAGCUGGAUCACGAUGCCAAGAAGUGAUCGGGUUCGGAAGGUCCUGCUGGCUCAGAGGGAUGCUUUUCCCGCAUGGAAGCAAAUGGGACGACGAGUGCAAUAGCUGCCAGUGCCUGGAUGGUGUCGCUGAUUGCACGAAGACUUGGUGCGGUCGGAGGCCUUGCCUGCUGGGAAACCAACGUGACGGCGACCAGUGCCCCCCCGGCCAGUCCUGCGAACCCAGAAUGUCCGCGGCGAAGUGCUUUCAGCCGCCGUGCAGCGAAUGGGGAGAAUGUAAUGCUCCGGAUAACUCUCCCAAGGCCCUGAAAUGCCUGCCCAACUCCGGAUACCUGGACAAUAACUGCGCGCGGAUAACCUUAAUUUUUAACGGCGACAAAGUGCCCCAGGGAACUACAGUUGAAAACAUUUGCUCGGAAAUCAGAUAUUUGCCAUCGAUCCGCACCGUAUCCAAGGAGAGGCCGCUGAUAGUUUUGUGCGACGCGUCAUACUCGGCAGAAAAGGCUAUCGAGGUUGCUAUAGCGUUCGUCUCGCAAACCGAUGAUCACGACAACAGUCUUAUUCAGAACGCUGCCAACAUCAUCGUCAAUGCGAUCACCAAACGGCAAAACAGUACGGUAAUGUUGGCUGUCACCGAGGUCAAAGUUGAAACGGCGGUUGUAGAAAACAAUUCAGAUUACCUCGUCCCCGUGCUCUGUGCCGUCUUUAGCAUCGUCUGGGUGACCUGCAUAAUAAUCUGUGUCUGGUGGAUGCGGAAGAGGAGAAAAGAGCGCGAGAGAAGAGGCCAAGAAGAGAGCAACGCAAACAACCAACUCGAGCCUUUAAAUCCCAUUAGGAACCCGAUUGGGUUGCCUUACAACAACCUAGACAUUCAGUACGAAUGCAAAAACUUACUUUUCAAUCAGAAAAGAACUCACGAUGUUGAGGAAGAAGAGAGAGAGGAUGAGUUUGACGGAGAGGUGGAAGUAGAAGACAAAUACACUUCUCUGUCUUGCCCAAAAACUGUCCCAGUGAAAGGGGAUGUUGACUGUUCCAUAGGUUCCCCCGUAAAGAAACCACAUCGGACAAGUCACGACAAAAUCGACAACAGAUGCGUCAAAAAUGUGAAUACGUCCCACUGAAGGAAGCAAAAGCUGUGUCCAUACACAGGGGAAAGGACCCUAUUCCUACACUGAGGCCGCGGAGUGGAGACAGAAUUCAUCUCCCAUGCAUUAGCCCUCCGGCUGCUCGAGGGGGGUCUACGAUUGGUUUUGUAGCCAAGCUAGGAAGACCCUUUCUCAACGGCAGGAAAAAAACAAAAAAACACCACGUCGGGGCUGAAAAUACGGAGUUAAUGUCUUUAUAUAAUGUUAUAAUUUUCUAUUUGUUGCGUUGCCUUUCUAUAAAUUAUUUGAGACCGAUCACAAAACAAAGAAGCUCUUUGAUAGUUGCUAUUUUUAUAAUUUGCUUACGACCGCCCACACCCCCCCCUCUUUCAAAAGGCCAAGAGGAAAUAUAAAGGUAUAUCUGUAUUUGCAAUGUAAAGUUAAAUAUAUAGAAGACGGCAUUUUGUUUACAGAAUGUAUUUUACUUUUUCGUAUUGGUUUGUAAUUUAAUUGUGGGAUGUAAAAGCCUCCUGGCUGAGGAAAAUGAUUUUUUUUUUUUUUUUAAUUUUAUUUUUUUAUUUUUGACAACCCCUUUCUUCCAGGGGAACUGUGAUAAAUAUCUUAGGUAAAUAGGGGGUUAAUGUGUGUUAUACCCAUCUCUUCCUAGAUUUGUUUAUGUACGUUUUGCAAAUUUGCCUUACGUCGUGUCCCAGAACUUUAAACUGUGGCUUAAAAAUGUGGCCUUUUUUAUUUUAUUUUAAUUUUUUAGUUUUUUUUUUUUUUUUUUUUUUUUUUGUGUGGUUUUAUUUUAGGACUGCAGUAUUGAUGUAUGUGACAAGUGCCUUGAGAUUAAACUUUGCUAUAGCAACUGUCAAA